AUGUCGAUGAUGGCUCCCAGACUCAUUAUUCCAGCACCCGAGCAUUUUACUGGCCGCGUCACAUAUAGAGGCACUGGAGUGUUUGCAAAAAUCAAAGCUCGGUUUGAGGAGUUCAACCUUAAUAACACGGCGAAGGAAAAAGAGGAGAAGGCUGCGCAGGUCGCGCGCUCGGGGUCAGACCGAUUGAUCAACAGAUAUUUCAACCGGUCUGAUAGUGUGAAGACAGAAGCACUCCAAGAUAGGUUCACAAACUGUCAGAACCCGGAAGACUUGUACAAGCUCGGCUUGUGCUUGUUUGUGGAGUCAGUGCUUCUGGGCCGUGAGGCAAACGCGCUGAUUACGCCUCACAUACUUAGAUAUGUGGAAGACCUCGAGUUCUUCUUCCGGAUUCCUUGGGGGAAGCACUCAUUCGCCAGACUCAUGCACUCGCUUCAAAAAGACAUGUUGAAACAGAAGGCCAACUACGAGAAGAAGCUGAGUUCGGAUGUUCAGCACGAGUGCAAAUACACAGCAUAUGGCUUCGCACCUGCAGUACAAUAUUGGGCGUACGAGGCCAUUUUUGAGGUUGGGAAGAGGUAUGGCACGAAUCACGGGAUUCGGUUCCCCAGGAUGCUUAGCUGGACGAGCAAGGGCGAUAUUGGGAAGAAAGACGUCAGCGCAUUAUUUUCUAGACGGAAUCUUGAAGUGGUGAAGGGGCUACUUCCACGGACAGAGGAGGAGGCAUUUGUGAGGACCAUAUCUUACGAUGGUGUGGAGAACCUGGUUGAUGAUGGUGUGGAUGACACAGAGGCUGAGGCAGGUAGUCAGGUACCAGAGACUCAGGUCCCAGACACUCAGGAAACAGACACUCAGGUACCAAUUUAUGGAACUUUUUUUUUAUGUCUUUAUUUUUUAUUGUUUUUGUUUUGUGAUAUUUGUUACAUUGUGGAAUUAUCGUAUGCUUACCGUAUUUUUUUGAUAUAUAUUUUUUCGGAGCGGGUUCAGAACCUCAGCCCAGUGCACCAUCUUCAUCAGCAUAUAGAUGCAGCAAUGCAUAUGCUGAGGAGGCGACACACCGACUAUCCACUGACAUUUCCUCAGAAGGGUGUCAUUCUCUCCACAUUCGUGACCACCAUGAUCAGCAGUGCAUGGACGAGCCACAGGGGUCCGAGGAAAAACUUUGUGUGGGAGGAUUAUAUCCUGGACUAUUGCAGAGGGGUUCAUAAGCGUCUGUCAUUGGACCGCCAUGGAACCCAUCCUGAAGACUUGGGGAGAACUGCUGCCUUCGCUAAUCCUUGCAACCGGGGAAUUUCCACAUAA